AUGAUUUUAGAAUUGGUACGCCGCUUCUGGAUAAUUUCUUACUUUUUCGUAUUUUCCUUCAUUUUUUUUUCUUUUCACGGUUUCGUUUACUUUUUUAUUUUUUUUACAUUUACCGCCAAAAUAUUCGUUUGUUCUUUCUUUUUAUCUUUCUUUCGAUCUUUCUUCCUAUUUCUUCUCUUUCCUUUUUUUAACUCUUUCUUUUUAGUUCGUCCUUAUUUUUCUCUUUACGUGUUUUCAAUUUAUUCCUCCUUCCAUUUUUUUUCUUUAUUUUCGACUUUCUUUGAAUUCGUUUUAUCUUUCAUUUACUUGGUCGUUUGGUUUUCUUUCAUUUCCCUCGCUUUCUUUUUUCACUUUUUCAACCUCCUUUUCCAUAUUUCUUUUAUACAGUUUUUUCAUCAUUUCUUAUUCUUUCUUUCUUUCUUUUUCCUUCCUUCUUUCUUUCUUUCUUUCUCCUUUCUUUCUUUCUUUCUUUCUUUCUUUCUUUCUUUCUUUCUUUCUUUCUUUCGAGCUGUCACCUCAGUUGUCUUUGAAACCACCGAAAUUCUUUUUCUUUCCUUCUUUUUUCUUUCGUUUCUUUCCUUUCAUACAUACAAUCAUUCAUUUAUUCUUUAUCUCUUUCCUUCUUUCUUUCUUUCUAUAUUUCCCUCUGCCUUUCAACUCCUUUUUUCUUUCUUCUGCGCGGUCUUAUUCAUCACUUUCUUUAAUCUUACGUCCUUUAUUUUCACCUUUACUUUUUCAUCUGUGUUCACAUCUUCUUUCUUUCUUUCUUUCUUUCUUUCUUUCUUUCUUCUUCUCCUUCUUCUUCUUCGUUUUCUUUUCAUGUUCUUUUUCUUCUUCUUCUUCUUCUUCUUCUUCUUAUUAUUAUUAUUAUUAUUAUUAUUAUUCUCUCUUCUUUUUUCUCUUUUCUUCUUUUUCUUCUCCUCUCUUCUUAUUCCUUUUAUUCGUCGUCUUCUUUUUCUCUUCUUCUUCUUCUUCUUCUUCUUCUUCUUCUUCUUCUUCUUCUCCUCUUUCUUUUUCUUCUUCCAUUUCUCUCUUUCUUUCUUCUUGUUCUUCUUUUUCUUCUUUCUUCUACUACUUCGUCUUCUCUUUCUUUUUCUUCUUCCAUUUCUCUCUUUCUUUCUUCUUGUUCUUUUUUCUUUUUCUUCUACUACUUCGUCUUCUUCUCUUUCUUUUUCUUCUUCCAUUUCUUUCUUUCUUUCUUUCUUUCUUUCUUUCUUCUUCUUCUUCUUCUCUUUCUUUUUCUUCUUCCAUUUCUUUCUUUCUCCUUCCUUUCCUUCUUUCUUCUACUACUCCUUCUUCUUCUCUUUUUUUCCUUCUUCCAUUUCUUUCUUUCUUUCUUUCUUCUUCUUCCUUUUCUUCUUUCUUUUACUAUUCCUUCCUCUUCUUCUCUUUCUUUUUCUUCUUCCAUUUCUUUUUUCUUUCUUUCUUCCUCUACCUUUUCUUCUUUCUUCUACUACUCCUUCUUCUUCUUCUCUUUCUUUUUCUUCUUCUUCCAUUUCUUACUUUCUUUCUUUUUUCUUCUUCUUCUUCUUCUCCUUCUUCUCUCUUUUCUUCUUCUCCUCCUCUUUUCUUCCAUUUCUUUUUUCUUUCUUUCUUUCUUUCUUUCUUUCUUUCUUUCUUCUUCGUCCCUCUUUUCUUCUUCUUCUCCUCUCUUCUGCCUUUUCUUUUUUCUUCUUCUUUUCUUCUUCUUCUUCUUCUUCUUCUUCUUCUUCUUCUUUUUACUACUACUACUACUUCUUCUCUUUCUUUUUCUCCUUCCAUUUCUUUCUUUCUUUCUUUCUUUCUUUCUUUCUUCUUCUAUUUUUCUUCUUCUUCUCAUCUCUUCUUCCGUUUCUUCUUCUUUUUAUUUUCUUCUUCUUUUCUUCUUUUCUUCUUCCUCCUUUUCUUCUUUCUUCUACUACUACUACUUCUUCUCUUUCUUUUUCUCCUUCCAUUUCUUUCUUUCUUCCUUUCUUCUUCUUCUUCUUCUUCUAUCUUACUACUGCUUUUUCUCUUUCUUCUUCUUCUCCUUCUUACAACAGCACCAAUAUUUUUUCUUCUUUGCUAUGUAAUGACUCAUUGUCCGAAUAA